AUAAAUCGUUUUAAUCAGCUUUUAAAGUAAAUAGAAGGAUCGAGAUAAGAUAAGUGCAAUAUUGCAAUAUUGAAGAUAUUUCGUAGCUUCGCACACAUGUUAAACAUGGGUAUUUCCACGUCGGUUGGGGUUUUUGUUGUUAUUUUCUGGAUAAAACACGCAGAAUCUCAAUAUCCUUUACUAAGAACGAACGCAACACCAGUUGUGGAGGAAACACAGGCAGAUGACUCACCAUUCCCAGGCUGGGCAAUUGCAAGUAUAGCUAUUGUCGGAAUGAUGGGACUUGUUGCCUGUUCGGUCAAACUUCUACAAGAAAUACGUUGCCACACGGAUAACCAAAGCAAAUCCCACAUGAGAAGCCCUGGGCCAAAAUCAGACACGUCCGGUGUUCCCAGAUCACCAAGACAAACGACACAUUCCGACCAUGAUAGUAGCCAGAAUUACUCGCAAUUAACCAACCAUCAGACAUAUUCGACACAAGGCCCAGGUCAAGAAAACACUCCAUAUUUGCAACUUACGCCUCAUGGCCUUGAACGUCAUGAUCACGUUUGGCAGCUGACCUUGGAUCAAUCCGGCGCUGAAAGUUGGUCUGUCAGGCUUUAACACUUACUAAAUUAAAGUGAACCGCUAAUUAGAGUGAACCGCUAAUUAAAGUGAACCGCUGAUUAAAGUGAACCGCUAAUUAAAGUGAACCGCCUUAAUAUCAGGUGACCUAUUGAUACAGCUGCGUGAUGCUCAAACGCAUGUUUUCACCGUUAUUUGAAAUUGUUGCGAUCUACUGGAAUGAUUUUUGAAAAUGUAUAUAGUUGUUAUUUUUUAUACAUACGUGGAUUCGUUGUAUAUUUGUCGAGCAUAUGUAUGCAAACAAACAUAUAACCAAC